CUGCCUCGGGGAUUGCAGGCCCACAUUGCCCGGGCCCAGGACGUAGCCCGGGAAUUGGCGCCUUACCACAAUGUUGAUCCGGAACGGGCAGCCCUGGGUAUUCUGGCCCACGACGUGGCUCGGGCCAUGAAGGGGCCGGAGUUGAUCGAGCAGGCCAACAGAUUCUGCCUGCCCAUCAGGCCAGUCGAAGAACAAGUACCACUGUUGUUGCACGGGCCGGUGGGCGCGGAAAUUCUGCGGGUUGAGGACGGACUGGCGGCCACCGCCGGUGAGUAUGAUAUCUACAAGGCCGUCUACUGGCAUACUACCUUCAACCCCGCUUUGGUGGACGCCAUGGGAAUGGUGGUAUCUGGCGACCAGCGAUAUCCCCAUAAACGGAAGCGAGCCCUGCCAACCGGAAGUAAAGUAAUGGAGUGGCGCGUGUGGGGACGGUGGUUGUGGAGAUCGAUGUGCUUAUGUUUGGUGUCCUAG